AGGUCGCUGUUUUCUCUACCAUUUGAUUGGACGAUGAAAGUCAGCUGAUCAUAUUCACCAUGGGCAACAUCUUAUGUCAUGUGAUCAAGUGACGUCACGACCCAGGAAGUAGAAGACAACAUGGCCAGAAAUGAGGAGAAGCAGCUGGGCAAGCUGAACAGACUGUGGCUCCAGAAAGAGAGAGAAGAGGGAAGAAUCAGAGAUGUAAACCAUAGCAGACCCAGACUGUCUGCCUUGAAUACAGCUUCCAAUGUUAAGAAAUGGAUACCAAGCAUUAAAAGUGAGAUAAACUACUAUUUGGAACAAUCACAGUUGUCGCACUACUCAGAGCGGAAGAUCCAAGAAUUCCAAGACAAGAUCGAGACUUUGAGGAAGGAGUAUCAGAGUUUUCUCUGGAAGCUCCGUAAGUUGGAUCCUUCAUGCAAGGAGCACCCCUGGAAGCUGCGAGGCUACUCAAGAAAAAGAGCUGCUGAUGGAAAGCUGCCAUCUUGGCUAGAAUCCGGAGAACAUACGGGGGCGAAAUUGCUUUGCACACCAAUUCUUAAUCAGAGCACGAAUAAGGCCCAGAGUGAUUCAGAAGAGACACCCUCUGAUGGAGAGAGGAAACCAUUAACUGUAGAGAGUGCAAUGCUAGUUUUGGCAGACCAGGAUAAACCUCUUGUGUUUAAUAGUGAGAAAUCUCACCCAAAACAUAUCUGGCUUAGGUCAUCUUACAAUGCAGGUGGAAGUGAAACAAAACCCAUGAGAGACAUUCUUCUGUCCAAAGAUCCUGCACCCAGAGGAGAACUUUCAGCACCUAGUCUGGAGAGCAAGCAAGGUGACCUUUCUGGUGGUGGAGUGAAAGGAAUUCUGGGUUUAGAAUGUUACAUCUCUUCUGAAGAGGAAAGCUGAAGGAUUAUUUAUAAUGUACUGGUAUACAAGUUAUCUGGAGAAAUGGGUUUAUGACUUGCUUAACAACUCUGAUCUGCCUGGUGAUCAUUUUUAUUUAAUAUUGUCAAGCCUAUUUGUGGUUCCUGUGGAGAUGCCUUUGACAUUGAACUCUUAAGACUGUAAACCAGGACUAAAAUGGACAACUACAUUCUUAUGAGCAUAUAUUAAAUUUUUCAAUAUA